AUGGCGCACUUGAUCACACCAGCUUCCUCCGUCCAACCAAUGACGAGGGAGGACUUUGCGGUGGUACAGGCAGAGAAGAGGGUCGACGCCGCCGCGCGCGAGCAGCUCGUCAAAGUGUAUGGCGACUCCCGUGAUCCGCAUGGUCGCCGCAUCGCCCUCACGAGGCCGCCGAGGCGCGAGUGGAAAUGCACUGCGUGUGGCCAGCAAAGCAGCGACAUCCGCCAUGUGUGCGCGUUCUGCCUCUCUCCAGAGCCGGGGUACAGCACUCACAUCGCCGCCUCCCGUCCUCGUAAUGCCGGCGGUCCCGCGGUCGCCGACAAGGUGGUAGCACCACUCACGUGCGUGCAGCGUCCUGGCACCUGCAAGGAUGCUGGUGUUCGUCUGCUGCAGGUCUCCCUCACGAAUCGCACCUACCGUGUCUUCACGGAGCCGCACACACCCCCUGCGAAGCCCCGUGCGGCGGCGUUGCACCGUAGCGCAGCUGGUGCGGACACGGCAACAGCGGGGCCGGCUGUGGAGGAGGUCGACGAGGACAUGGUCUGGGACGACGUGCCCGACUGCGGUGAUCGCGCGACUGGCGAAUCCUGCAGUCCGGGUGAUGAUGAAGGCGGCAGUGAGUAUGGCGAGGAGGGUGUGCCAAGCCCGGCGUCCAAUACGCAGCGCCGCCAACCGCGUGCGGAGAAGGUCAGUGGAGGCUUCACGCACUUUGUCUCCAUCCCAGUCGGGAAGCUGCCCGCCGUGGCGGCGAACGCAACGAGCGUCUUGGCGGACUUGCGCAGCUUUGUCGCCGCCAAGUACGACGAGCUGACCCAGCGGGGAGGCGCAGCUGCAGCGGGUGAGGCGGCCGGGCCUGGCGGGACGGCGGCUUCGUCCUUUUCGAAGUCUGCGGCCACCUCGGAGCUGGUGACCGGCACCGCCAAGCUGCACAUGACCCUGCUCCUGCUCACGCUCCCACGCCGUGAGGAUGUCGAGCUCGCCAAGGAGCUUCUGCAUGGCCCCUUCGCCUCUGCCUGGGCAGCGACGAAAGAAAAGUGGGCGGCGUCCAAGGACACAGCGUACGCGCUGAGCGGAGACGCGUCCCUCGCCCUGGUACACCGCCACCCGCUCCUGCGGCUCGGCGGCGGGCUGCAGGUGAUGAGAACAGGUCGAGAGAAUGAGUUUUACCACCCAGAGAAGGCGAGCGUCGUGUACAUGGGCAUCGACAACGCGACCGGGCUCGCCACGGUGCAGCAGCUGCAGCGCGUCCUGCACGAGAGCUUAGCUGAGCUCAUCCACGAUCCCGGCGAAGCGGAGAAGUCGCGCCGGGUGUUGCACGUGACAAUCAUGGACAAGAAGUGGCGCAAAGGACGUGCGGCAAGUCGGCCAUUCGAUGCGCGGCCCAUCCUGGAAGCCUUUCAGGAGGCGGCCAUCGGUGCUGGUGAAGAUGGCAAGCAGUUGUUCGAGAUACCGGAGCUGGAGCUGUGCUCAAUGCGCCGGCAGGACCCGGAGAGCGGCACCUACCUCGCCGAGACCACCGUGAAGAUCUAG